CACCCCUCUCUUCAGCUUCUGCUCUGCUCUUCCUGAGCUCACUCUGUCGUUGGCGUUCGCGUUGACUGGCCAGAGUCCGCGAGCUGAGCACCCUCUGCCUUUUUCACCCUCUAUCUCCCAUCUCUGCAACUCUAUUCAUCACCGUCCUUCCCUCUGGUUCACAAGGUUCCUCUCCCCACUUCCUGAUCUGAUUCUGGCAUCUGAUUGGUCAUGGCGUACCAUAGCUUCCUUCUGGAACCAAUUAGCUGCCAUGCGUGGAACAAAGAUCGGACCCAGAUUGCCCUGUGCCCCAAUAACCAUGAAGUCCACAUCUACAAGAAAGAUGGAACCAAGUGGACCAAAAUCCAUGAGCUGAAGGAGCACAAUGGACAGGUAACAGGUAUUGACUGGGCCCCAGACAGUAACCGCAUCGUCACUUGUGGUGCUGACCGUAACGCUUACGUGUGGACCCUGAAGGAGGGAUCAUGGAAGCCCACCUUGGUUAUCUUGAGGAUCAACCGGGCUGCUCGCUGUGUGAAGUGGUCACCAAAAGAGAAUAAGUUUGCCGUUGGCAGCAGUUCGCGGCUCAUUUCAAUCUGUUACUUUGAGCAGGAAAAUGACUGGUGGGUGUGCAAGCACAUCAAGAAGCCGAUCCGUUCUACUAUUCUGAGUCUGGACUGGCAUCCUAAUAACGUGCUGCUGGCUGCUGGAUCCUGUGACUUCAAAUGCAGGGUGUUCUCAGCCUACAUAAAGGAGGUGGAGGAGAAGCCUGGCCCCACUCCUUGGGGCAGCAAGAUGCCAUUUGGGGAGGUGCUGUUCGAGUCCGGAGGUUCUGGAGGUGCUGCACCGUCAUCAGGUGGAGGUGGAGGCUGGGUGCACAGCGUGUGCUUUUCGCAUUCUGGCAACCGUUUGGCCUGGACGUCCCACGACUCCACAGUGUCAGUAGCUGAGGGAGGAAAGACGGGCACGGUGAGCAGCCUGAGCUCGGAAACUCUUCCUCUCCUGUGUGUUACCUUCAUCACUGAGAACAGCUUAGUUGCUGCUGGUCAUGACUGUUACCCGAUGCUGUAUGUAUAUGAUGGUGCGAAUGCCAGCUUGACAUUUGGUGGCAAGUUGGAUGUUCCGAAGCAGGCAGCUUCGAAGGACAUCAGUGCCAGAGAACGCUUUAAGAACCUGGACCGUCGAGCCUCUGAGACUCAGAGCACUGACAAGGACCUGAACACGCUCCACAAGAACAGCAUCAGCCAAAUCUCAAUGCUGGAGGGAGGAAGAAACCAGUGCACCAAAUUCUGUACCACUGGCAUGGAUGGAGGAAUGGGCAUCUGGGAUGUCAAGAGCCUGGAGUCUGCUAUGAAGAAUUUGAAGAUUGUGUGAGCUGAGCUGUACACCAACGUUCCUAAAGACAUGAAGGAAUCCGCUUCUGUAUUACAAAAAGCUUUUUGGCUGUAUUUUAUUCAAGUAUUUCUUUAUACACAAAGUAAAACCAUCAGUUCUGUUGCAACAAUGUGUGUAGUCUCCCCAAGGCAUUUUGCUGGCUCAUUUGAUUUGUUGCUCUAUAAGAGGGGCUGACCUCAGGUCUGCAAAUGGUACUCAGUGAGUUCUAUUGAUAUUUUUAAAAGAGCUCAGUGUGAGCUGAAUGCUUAAAGCAGCUUUUACACAUUUUAACCAUUGAGAACGGCUUCACUGCUUAUAUUAAAAGCUUAUGCUGGACAUAACAUGCGUUUAAUAAAUGAUUUCUGUGGAACAGGGCCAAAACUAGUGGGUGUCUCUGUCUAUGAACACUUUUACAACUUUUCAUUUAUAGUUCAUUCUGUUCCACCAUAUAAGUUUGAGGUUAUGGUUUCGUGUUCAGUAUUUUAGGUAUCAGAGAUUAAAUGCAAUAAGUAUCUUGG